CGUAUGGGGGGAAGGGGGCGGCUGCAGUGGCGUUGCACGGGCAGGGGCCUAGGAGGCCGCGCGGCUGAUUUCCUGCCAGGGUUCUCUGUUUGGGGCAGGGGGACGGAGGCGCAGGCCCUUCUCUCCAGCUCUGGACGUCGCGAUUGCCCUCCGUAAGCUUAUCCAAGCCGCAGCACAAGUGUGACCUCUCCUCUUCCUCCGAGUGCCUAGUCCUGAGCUCACGCCAUCCCUGCUUCGGACUUAAAUAGCGGUCAGCUGUUUCCAUGCCAGAUAGGGGAGUGCACAUCGGUGACCUGGACCGCGUGUUUCCCAGCCACUUGGCAUCCUCGACACGACUACGGCCCAGGACGCAGCUGGAGCGCCGGGACAGGGGACCGGACCGCAGAGCGGGGGCGGGGUCUCUCGGGCGGCCGAGGGCGCACGCGCUCGUUGCGCCUCUGGGGGCGGGGCUACGUCGGGGCGGAGCGGCCGCGCGCGCGGGAAGCGCCCACGGGGAGACUGGCCGGCCGACCCCUCUCUCCGUGCCGCGCGUCAUGGCCCUCUCGGUUCCCGGCUACUCGCCCAAUUUCAGAAAGCCUCCCGAGACGUUGCGGCUCCGGCGGAAAAGAGUCCGGAGCCUCGAGCCCGCCGCCUCACCCGGGGAGCAGCCCGAGCCGGCGCCCCGCCGCGCCGCUCUGGCGGCCGGGCUGCCCCUCCGCCCCUUCCCGGCGGCGGCGGCGGGCAGAGGCGGCGGCGGCCGGGCCGCAGCCCGCAGGAACCCCUUCGCCCGGCUGGACAACCGGCCGCCGGCCGCCGCAGAGCCCCCCGACGAGCCGCCCCGCGGCCAGCAGGAGGCGCCGGACCCGGGUUUAGCUUCUAAUCAAGAAAAUGAUUUGCCCUGGGAAGAGAAGUCCCCUGGAAGAAGCGCCCUUGCGGAGUCACUCCAGACUCCACAAGUAUCAUUCUCCGAAUCUGAUAUUCCAUCCUCAGAAAGUACUGAGUUACCUGUGGACUGGAGUAUUAAAACUCGACUCCUUUUCACCUCUUCUCAACCCUUUACCUGGGCAGAUCAUUUGAAAGCACAGGAAGAAGCUCAAGGUAUCAUCCAGCAUUGUAGGGCAACAGAAGUUACUUUGCCUCAAAGUAUACAGGAUCCCAAACUUUCCACUGAGCUCCGAUGUGCCUUCCAGCAGAGCCUUAUCUACUGGCUCCACCCUGCCUUUCCUUGGCUACCACUGUUCCCUCGCAUUGGAACUGAUAGAAAAAUGGCUGGAAAGAUAAGCCCUUGGUCAAAUGAUGAAACCUUGCAGCACAUUUUAAUGAGUGAUUGGUCUGUGAGCUUCACUUCUCUGUAUAAUCUCCUGAAGACAAAACUUUGCCCAUAUUUCUACGUUUGUACCUAUCAGUUUACUAUCCUGUUUCGUGCAGCAGGCUUAGCAGGAAGUGAUGUAAUCACAGCUCUCAUAUCUCCAACAACUAGAGGAAUAAGAGAAGCUAUGAAAAAUGAAGGUAUUGAGUUUUCUCUGCCGUUAAUAAAAGAAAAUGGCUAUGAGAAGAAAAAGCCAUCUGGAACAAGCUUGGGAAAUGGGGAGGAACAAGUAAUCAGUGAUGAUGAUGAAGACGAAAGUUUUUCCUGGCUGGAAGAGAUGGGUGUGCAAGAUAAAAUUAAAAAACCAGACAUACUCUUUAUCAAGCUACGCAAAGAGAAACACGAAGUGCAAAUGGACCACAGACCAGAGUCUGUUGUGUUGGUGAAGGGAAUGAACACCCUUACGUUGCUGAAUUUCUUGAUCAACUCUAAGAGUUUAAUUGCUAGCUCAGGCCCACAGACAGGACUGCCACCAACCCUCUUAUCCCCUGUAGCUUUCCGAGGUGCCACAAUGCAAAUGCUUAAGGCACGAAGUGUAAAUGUGAAGACACAAGCUGUUUCUGGAUACAAAGAUCAAUUUAGUUUGGAGAUUACAGGUCCUAUCAUGCCUCAUUCUCUACAUUCUGUGACCAUGCUACUCAAAUCUUCACAGAAUGGGUCAUUUUCUGCUGGACUGUAUACACAUGAGCCAACUGCUGUAUUUAACAUCUGCCUGCCAGUGAAUAAAGUACUGCCUGAGGAGACUCUUCAUGAGGAGCUUGGGAACUGUGGGUUGCAUCCUAAGACUCUGGACCAACUUAGUCAAACACCAGCACUGGGAAGAUCAUCUUUACGGCAUGUGGAAUUGAGUGACUUCAUUUAUAAUUGGAGAACCUGAACACCAAAGUAAGCCUAAAAGGAAUCUUUGAGGAAAAAGCCUUCUAACAAGGAAAUUCAAGAUUCUUAUACCUUUGGCUCUAAAGUUCAUUUUGGAAGUUAAAGGAAUAGAACUUUAAAAUAUUCAAAUGUUGAUAAAUAUUAACCUUUGGCCUUAAUUUUUAUUACAUGCAUUAAGCAGAAGGAUAAAGGUUUUAAAUCAACAUUUUGUUUUUACUCUUCUGAUUAGAUAAUUCAGGUAUAAAGAGAACUUCCAACUUUUUAAAAAUCUCAGUACCUUGAAUGAGACUUCCAGACCCCUACAACCUAAUUAUAAGCUGAGUAGAAAACAAGAUUGUUAAUGUCAGUGUUUCCUUGCAAAUGGGAUAUUGAAGUGAAAUUAGUAUCAGUUAUCUCCUGGCAUUUUGUGACUGGUGGCAUCAGGGCAAAACUAUAUUUGACAACUUACCUACAAUCAUAUACAGGUUCUAGCUUUAUAAAGAUACAAAUGUAGACAAGAUCUACUGAGCUAAUUGUUGAUGUGUCUACCUUAGUUGCUUUCGUUCUCAUUUCUAAUUUCUCUAUUCUCAAAUACAUUAAAUUUGUUUCUUUAAUGCAUGUUAAUUCAAAGAAGGGUAUUUUGUAUUCCACAUAGAAUAGUGUUAAUUGUAAAGUAUGCUCAGCUGUCAUGGUAAAGGAGUAUUUAAUGUUCUUGUAGGUAUUUGCGUGUGCGCGAGUGUGUGUGUGCAAUUCCAAUUUCCUUAAAAUAAAAGGAUGUAGAGAUCAAAA